AUGGGCAUAAAGCAGCUGGCCCUGCGCGACAGCCCCCAUGUGGUGCUGGUCAUAGAGGACUUCUACCACACUCACCUCGAGCCUCCUUUGCGGUCUUGGCUGUGCCAGUACUUCAGCGCCCACGCUGCCUUUCAAGCGGUCGGCGGCACCCCUCAAGCCAGGCAUGAUUGGCUCUUGGCCGCUCUGGGGGAUCCCGCAGCUGGUGGAAAGGAUCGGAAUCGGGCUAGCCAGCUGCUGGUUCUGGGGCGUGAUUGGUUGAGGCAUACGCUGCCUUUUGUGCUGGCCAAAGUGAACCGCGUGCAUUAUGGGCUCCUGCGACGGAAGGACACUGCAGACCUCGAAGCACGAGGCUACCCGGCUCGAGGCACUCGUCUGCAGAUGGCCGUGCCAUUCACUGGUCUCGAAACGCCCUCCAUUGCAUCGGAGUUCGCAAACCCAGAUGUGGCAAUUGGGCUAACGAUCCUGGCCUUCGGACACGAAGGCAUGCGGCGCAGCGAUGUGAAGACCAUGCUCUUGCUGCUGAAGUCCGACCUUCUUCGGGAUGUGGGGACCCCAACAGUUCAGCGCCAGGCCUUCCGAAGCUUCCAGGCCUGGACAAGGGCGGAUCCCUCAGAUGACGGCUUCGACUCCGGUGGAGUUCUGCCGUUGGACCUGAUCCAGCCCGAUCCCGCCUCCAUCCUGACUCUGAAGAGGCUCUGGGCUCGAAAAGCACCGGUGUAUUUAUACUACCUCCGCCGGGAGAUCUUUCCAAAGGCCACGCCCUCUCAGACCAAGAAGCUGUCGGCGUGCGCACAGGAGCUUGCUUCGCCGGUGUUGUUCAAGGUGCGCCUGGGCUUCUCUGGAACCCCUACCAACAUUCUCCCCUCGAGCUUGCCACCCGUGGAGUUCGACGGCGCCACGGACGGGAAGACCCUGGCAAUCCUGUCAUCACCGCACCUCGUGACCCUUCAUUGCCUGAAGCCUGGCUGGACGCCGCAGUCCCUAUUGGGGUACGUGGCCCAAAGGCGCCCGCACUUCUGUGCUUUGAUCGACACGGCCGCUUUGCUCUGUGGCCUGGAAAACGAAGAGGUUGCCAGGUGGCUCAUGGACAGCCCCCUCACCCAGGGAGAUGGCAAGGAGGGCUGCAUCUUCCUCGCCCGCGGCACCGACCUGCCCAUGAUCCUCCUGAAGGGCGCCGCAGCCGCAGUGCCUCUGGAGGAUGCCAGCACCCUUCCGGAGAAGCGGUUCUGCUACUUCGAUCAGCCCCACACCACGGGCAUCGACAUCAACCAGCCGGCGCUCGGAGUUGCUGCCAUCACCAUGGGAAAAGACAUGAGCAUCCGGGAGCUGCAACAAGGCGCCUGGCGCAUGCGCGGCCUGGCCCGGGGUCAAACCCUCGAGAUGAUUCUGCCAGAAGAUGUUGCGGCUUACAUGCGAAGUGCUUUGCAAGACCCGAGAGCGGUACCUCCUUCGAACAGCUCCCGUGCACUGCAAGACAUCCAGGCCUGCCUCUUGAUGCGCUCCUUGGAUCAGGAGGAGCUCCAAACUCGCCAGCUCGUGCGCCAAGACUUGGGCCACACCUGGAAGUCUCAGGCUUUGAAGGCCGGGUGCAGCUUUAGGCUCUUGCUGCUUCUAUUGAAGAGCCUACUUGUGACUUGUGCAGUCGGAAGCUUCUUCAAGCUGAGCCUUUUCCCUGAGGCUCUCAUGAGCGGCGGCCCCCGAAAAGAUCACGUGGAGGUGCUACUGGAAACCGUAAGUUCCGGUGUGGUGCAGCGGGCGCCCCGGACUCUGCAGGCGGCUCUGCGAGAUUUGGCAGCUCCCUUCGUGAAGGCAGCGCCGGUGGCCGCGGCUGUUGAGAGGGCGGUGGAGAGGGCCUUGCAACUCUUGGGCGAUCUCCCAGAGGACCUUGGAUGCGGAGGGGGGGAAAUUGUGCGUGAACAGGAGCAGCAACAGCAGCUGGAACACCAGGUGGAGUCAGAGAAGGAUACUUCAGUCAGCCGGCCCCACAUCGGUGAGAGCCGCAUGUGGGAGCUGCAGCAGAAGAUGGAGCAGAUUCUGAGCGCCGUCAUCGGCGGAGACAAGAUCCAAAACAUCCAUUUAUUGUCCUUCCCAUCGAUGGCCGACGUGGCGGACGUCUUGAAAGCAAUGGCCGCCAGCGGCUCGGCCAAGGAAGCAGCCAAGGCACUGGAAGCCCGAGGUCGUUUGGAUGGGCUUCGGCUGCGGUUCUCUCCAAACUGCCGCAUCACGGAGGAUCUUCCGAUACUUCGACCUGCCUUGGUGGCUCUCCAGCUCUUUAACAGCACCAAGGGGUUUACGUCCACACUGGCCUUGUCACUCAGCGAGGCCGAAAGCAUCCGCUGGAUCCUGCAAAGCUCAGCACACGAGUCCAGCGAGUCCAGCCACGGCUUUGUGCUGCACACGAUCUCCGAAGCCCCUAUGUUCGAAGCUCCGGAGACCACAAUGGAAGAGCACCACGUGCUUUGCCGGAACCGGACGUUUGCUGUCCCCCAGGCUGCCAUCAGCUUCCUGCGCUUCUACCUGGGUGAGUCCUGGUUCUCGGAGCACGAAGUGCGCUGCUUGCAGGACAUUGUCGGCAAGUCCAAGCAGGACGACUUCCAGCGGCUGCGCUCGGCGGCCUUCAGCGCCCGGCGGGUCGGGGGAUCGGCGGACUGGUCCUCGACGCCCCUGGCGGCGGUCCUCGGAGACCGAGAUCUCGCAACCGGAGUUGCGAUGCCGCCAGUGGGCCCGACGUACCUGGAACGCUCCCGGGCUGAACAAAUGGGACGAUCCCUUAUAUGGCCUCCAAGCUGCUACACUGCCAUGCUUCCCCACUCAUGGUUCUCGCUCCCUAUCUCUCUCGCUCAGCCUCCCCUCCCUCCCCUCCCUCUCACUCUCCCUCUCUUCCCUGCCUCCUCUGUCGAGUUGGGGGGGAACGGGAGGGGAGGACACAGCAAACCCCGCCUGUCUGCCCGAGGCUACAGCAGCGUUGCCUUGGCAGGCCCCGGGCUCGGAGUUUUCCCCUUUCAGCCUUUCUCCCCCCUAUACCUUGGACCCCAUAAUUGUAUAUAA